AUGGAGCAAAUGAAGUUGCAAGGAACGCUGGAGGGCCAUAAUGGAUGGGUCACACAAAUUGCGACAACCACACGAGAUGAUCGCACAACUGUCAUUUCAUCGUCACGAGAUAAGACAAUGAUCAUUUGGGAUGUCGACAGCUCUUCCGUGAACGAAACUGGACACGCUGGACGACCUCUGAAGUCGCUUCACGGGCAUGGUCACUUCGUUUCUGAUGUGGUCAUCUCACAAGAUGGACAAUUCGCCCUCUCUGGCUCUUGGGACAAAAGCUUGCGUCUUUGGGAUUUGAAUACUGGAGCCUCAACGCGUCGUUUUGCUUCUCACGAGAAAGACGUCUUAUCCGUCGCUUUCUCAGCUGACAACCGACAAAUCGUCUCUGGAUCGCGCGACCGUACAAUCAAGCUUUGGAACACCCUUGCUCAGUGCAAGUUCACCAUUCAGGAGGAUUGCCACACUGAUUGGGUGUCGACUGUGCGCUUCUCGCCAAACGUUCGGGAUCCGGUGAUCGUUUCGGCUGGAUGGGAUAAAGUGUUGCGAAAGACGAUCUUCGACAACGACAUUGACAUCGAGACGCCCGCUCAGGCCAAGGUGAAACGCCUCAACAAGAUCGGCAAACAGGCACGCGUCCUUGAGGCGUCUAAUUGUGUGUAUUUUCAGAUAAAGAUGAACUACAAUUUGUUUGACUUCAAUGGAACGGUGAAACGAAAUCGAAAUCAGGAUGCAAUGCUGAAAACAUUGACGAGUCGCGACGAUUUCAUGCGAAAAUUGGAGGCGGAACGACGAGCGCGGCAAGAAGAUCAUCAACGUGAAGGCUCUGUUCGGAGGAUUCAACGCUUUUGGCGACGAUAUAAAGCUGUUAAGAUCACUUCCAGGAAAGCGAGAGAAGCGUUCGACCGAUGCACAAACGAGGGUUCACCGGAAAAUUUGUCUCACAAGAUUUCCCUACUCAAUUUAUGCUACAAAAGCGCCGAGGACAAUGAGAGAUUGCUAACGCUUUGUGGACAAAUGUUGAACUUGAUACGAGCAAAGAAAUUGGAUGAGCUACCCAGUCGAAAUCGACGACAAUUGGGUACACUGAUUUUGAAGUUCUUGCAAAAGGCUGGACCCGAUUCUAAUUUGGCGGCACCGCUUCGAGUGUUCGGCGAGCUUCUCGACUCGGAUGAAAUGAUGAAAUUAGUGUUAAAGGAAAAAUACAUUGAUUCGAUGCUCCGCCUAAUCGUCUUUUUCACUCCGUCAACUUCCGGAAUUCAUGUCGAAGAAACGUUGCCGGCUCGCUUGGAAACACUUUGUGAUUAUCUAAUAAUGCCCAUUUUUAAGAUUCCACAAGAAAAAUCAAAAAUGCUCGCCUCUUUGCUGACUACAUUGUGCAAAAGUGAUUCUCUUCUAUCGGUGAUCACCGUCGUUUUGCCGUUUUUGCGGAGAAUGAUUGCCAAGGGAAAAUGCACAAUACAGGAGCUUAUUCAAUCAAAUGUGCAUAUCACGGUGGAGACGAAAAAUGAGAGGGAGAUUCUCUCGUACGCUUUCGUCUUUCUUCUGCAGGGAUUCUCGAUUGAUGACCUAUCAUUCGCCUCACGACACGACUAUUUGAAGCUUAUUGUCGAACGAUUGGAGUUCGAGAAGCCUUCGACGAGAAACAAAGAAACACCAAUGGACACCGAUUUGAUCAGCGAUGAACAGAUCUUGUUGUUCACUCAUUCAUCUACGCGAAAAAUCCUCUCCGGGCCGUGGUGGGUGAAAUUGUGCGUGGAGGAGGGCGAAAAGGGAGAUGUUGAUGAUAUAAAUGUUGUUGCAAGGCUUACAGAAGUGGCGAGCUCGCCAGAAACACUGCAUCUUUUGGCUGGAAAAAGGGAAUUCUUGCAACGUUUAUGGAUUUUCCUCGAAUCGAAUGGAGUGCAAGAGAAACUGAAGUACCAAAAGCACAUGGAUACAUUGAAAAAUGGAAUGAGACUCGACGUGGCCGCACAGACGACGUAUCUCCCGUGUUUGUCGCUCUUCUCACAACUCUUGGCGAUUUUCGUGCGCAACACCGAGGACGAGUUUUUCGUUGAGGGAAACACGAAGAUGCCAUUCUCGAGAGACGCUUUCAUCAAAGUGGCCCGAUCAUUGAGAGACGUUGUACUCGGGUUGACUGAUUUGGCGUUCCCGGAUGACUUGCAAAUGAGAGAACACGAGAAAACGAUUGAGGGAAAACAAGAAGCGCAAAGGUGGUCGACGAUUUACGAGAAUAUGGUGAACCUCAUACGGAUCUUGCAACAGAAAGAUCAGAGAGUGCACUUCUUGCCCGAAGGCCUAUGGAACGAUCACAACCGACAGGUUGUCAUUCAACGAACAUCGAUGGUAGCGGUGGGGCCAAGACGACGCGGAGCUCGCCGCCAGAAUCUUCCUGCACAACCGACCUUCGACUUUGUUCGACACCUCUUUGCGAAUCAACCGGGUGGCUCUUCCUUCGACGACGAUGAUGACUCCGAAGAUGAGACAAGCAAGCCAAUUCUCAGUGCAACAGAUCUACGAAAUUUGAGUAUCAUGAGGAGUAUACCGUUUGUUGUGCCUUUCCGACAGCGAAUCAAGAUAUUCGAUGAAAUGUUGCUAAAGGAUAAAGAAGAGCAUGGCGCUGGAUUUGAUAAUUGGGGCAACCCAGCCGGUCACUCAAUCAGCAUCUCGGUGCGACGACAGCAUUUGUACGAGGACUCGUUUGACGCGCUCAGCAUCAAGAAUGUGCCCGAUUUGCGUUUACCGAUGCGUAUACACAUGAUCAAUUGGGUCGGUUUGGAUGAAGCGGGGAUUGAUGGUGGUGGAAUCUUUAGAGAGUAUUUGUCGGAAUUGGCGCGAACGGCUUUCGAUCCGGAGAAGGGUUUCUUUCAAUACACAGCUGACAGACUACUUUACCCGAAUCCGAUGGCGUCGAAAUUGUACGACAACUAUAGCCAACACUUCUACUUUUUGGGAAGAAUCAUUGCGAAGUUGAUCUAUGAGAAACAACUCGCUGAGAUUCGAUUCGCCGACUUUUUCCUCGCGCAAUUGCUUGGAGCUGAACGGGCGAAAAAUGUGGAUUUGCAUCAUAUGAAAUCCUACGAUCCAGUUAUUUGGCGACAAUUGAUGCAGUUACGAGAGUAUAGUGAGGAAGGAAUGCGAGAACUUGAGCUUGACUUCACCAUAUUGCAAGAGGAACUUGGCGCUGUUUCGAGAAGCGAGUUGAUUCCUGGUGGGGCGAGUGUUCGCGUGACGACGGAGAAUCGAGACCAAUAUGUGCAGCUCUACUGUAACUACUCUCUUUACAAGAGGAUGGAACCAAUCGUUGAUUCGAUGCGAGCUGGUGUCACAAAUGUUCUCGACGUACAGCUGUUGGCUAUUUUCAGCUCCUCUGAACUGCAAUUCAUUGUUUCUGGUGCGGAUGUGGACAUUGAUGUGAACGAUAUGAGACGUUACAGUGUCAUUCACAAUUUGAACAAUGAUCGAGACAAAGAGUACAUGGACUUGUUUUGGGCAACGGUUUCCUCAAUGCCAUCAGAAGAUAAACGAGCGCUGUUAAAGUUCAUUACCGGUUGCUCAAGGCCUCCUUUGGAUGGCUUUAAAGAAUUAUAUCCGCAAAUUGGCAUUCAAUUGACGAAGAGUGACGGUUUACCCACGUCGGCCACUUGUAUGAAUCUACUGAAGCUACCGGUGUACAAAAAUCUGAAGGAGCUCGGGGAAAAGCUCAAAUAUGCAAUUCAUGCGGGUGCCGGCUUCGAACUGUCU